GCCUGUGGAAUAAGACACUUAAGUGAUCCGGUGGACAGACACGUCACUGCGCCUGGACAAUUACAACAACGUCUCGAUUCGGUUCUUCUGAAAGCAGAGAGUGUGAUUUUGUCUCGUUCUCGGGAGACGCUUUGUUUGUGGCCGUGCGAAUAUUUUUUUUUUUUUUUUUUUUUUUGCUUCGCCAGCUGAACCGGGUGAAAUCACACCUCUGGGACUUUUUCUUCUUCUUUUUUUUUUUGACAACUUACUCCCAAAAAAAAAAGUCACCAUGGCAGAGACGUCGGCGGCUCCGGCCAAAGCCAAAAAGGCAGCAAAGCCCAAGAAACCUGCUUCUCACCCCAAGUACUCCGAGAUGAUCACAGCGGCCAUCGUCAGCGACGCCAGCCGGAGCGGAGCGUCGCGUCAGUCCAUCCAGAAGUACGUGAGGAUGAACUACAAGGUGGGCGACCAUGCCGAUGUGCAGAUUAAAAUGGCCCUGAAGAGGCUGCUGGAAACCGGGAUGCUGUGCCACACCAAAGGCAGCGGCGCGUCCGGAUCCUUCCGGCUGUCCAAACCCGAGGACACCAAGAAGUCCACCAAGCCUGCGGUGGCCCCCAAGCCAAAGAAAGCGCCGGCCAAAGUCGCCAAACCCAAGAAGGUGGCCAAGUCCAAGAAGGUGGCCAAGACGCCGGAGAAGCCCAAGAAGGUGGCGGCGAAGAAAGUGAGGAAGGUCGCGAAGAAGGCGACGCCGACGAAAGUCAAGAAGGCGCCAGCGAAGAAAGCCAAGGCGGCCAAGCCCAAGGCGAAGCCCGCAAAGAAAGCGGCCAAGCCCAAGACCAAGACACCGAAGAAGGCAGCGAAGACGGCGAAGAAGAAGUGAAAGGACAAUGAUCAGAGACACACACUGUAAAUACUGAAGGAAAUGUUUUCAUAUAUGUAUUAUUUUUGUAAGGUCCCAUGCAAACUUAUGCUGUUUUUACCAGUAGUUCUCUCUCCAUUGCACUAUAGCCUAAAGAUGCUGUAGAAACAAGUGUGAGCAUUUUUAUUUGGGGUUAUUGAUGAUGAUGAUAAUAAUAAUAAUGUUAAUUUCUGUCUGAUGGCAGCUCUAGGAUCUUACUGAAAGGGUAAAAAUAACAUGUAAAUAGACUUAAACGAAUGAAUAGUUGUUGUAGGGGGGGGGGGUUUGAAUGGUGACCAUUGUUGGACCGUUACAAUGUCCAGACCACAGUCAGUGGACGUCAGCGAGAUCCUUUUCCUAAAGGCUCCAUAGUUUUCAUUCAAGCUCCCUGUCUGUAUAUUUUCACAUUUCAGAACGACUCAUAACAACAUCCCGCUGUGGUCAGUCACUUUUAAAGACCGUUUGUACUGCAACUCAAUAAACCGUUGUCAUCUUCUA